AUGGCGACUCCUGGCAAGGCCGUCGGUAUCGAUCUUGGUACCACGUUUUCGUGUGUUGCCGUCUACUCCAACGACAAGUGCGAUAUUAUUGCCAACGACCAGGGUAACCGCACCACGCCCUCCAUUGUCGCUUUCAACGACACCGAGCGUCUCAUCGGAGAUGCCGCCAAGAACCAGAUGGCCAUGAACCCCCACCACACCGUCUUCGACGCCAAGCGCCUGAUUGGCCGCAAGUUCCAGGACUCUGAGGUCCAGGCCGACAUGAAGCACUUCUCCUUCAAGGUUGUCGAGAAGGCCACUAAGCCUGUCAUCGAGGUUGAGUUCAAGGGCGAGACCAAGCAGUUCACUCCCGAGGAGAUCUCUGCCAUGGUUCUCGUCAAGAUGCGUGAGACCGCCGAGGCUUACCUCGGUGGCGCCGUUACCAAUGCUGUCAUCACCGUUCCUGCCUACUUCAACGACUCGCAGCGUCAGGCUACCAAGGACGCCGGUCUCAUCGCCGGUCUCAACGUCCUCCGUAUCAUCAACGAGCCCACCGCCGCUGCCAUCGCUUACGGUCUCGACAAGAAGGUCGAGGGUGAGCGCAACGUCCUCAUCUUCGAUCUCGGUGGUGGUACCUUCGAUGUUUCUCUCCUGACCAUUGAGGAUGGUAUCUUCGAGGUCAAGUCCACUGCCGGUGAUACUCACCUGGGUGGUGAGGACUUCGACAACCGUCUCGUCACCCACUUCGUCAACGAGUUCAAGCGCAAGCACAAGAAGGACCUGUCCGCCAACGCUCGUGCUCUCCGCCGUCUCCGCACUGCUUGCGAGCGUGCCAAGCGUACCCUCUCUUCCUCCGCCCAGACCUCCAUCGAGAUUGAUUCGCUGUACGAGGGUAUCGACUUCUACACCUCCAUCACUCGUGCCCGUUUCGAGGAGCUCUGCCAGGAUCUCUUCCGCUCCACCAUCCAGCCCGUCGACCGCGUCCUGUCCGAUGCCAAGAUCGACAAGUCCCAGGUCCACGAGAUUGUCCUCGUUGGCGGUUCCACUCGUAUCCCCCGUGUCCAGAAGCUCAUCACCGAUUACUUCAACGGAAAGGAGCCCAACAAGUCUAUCAACCCCGAUGAGGCUGUCGCCUACGGCGCUGCCGUCCAGGCCGCCAUUCUCUCUGGUGACACUUCCUCCAAGUCCACUCAGGAGAUCCUGCUUCUCGAUGUCGCUCCCCUGUCCCUUGGUAUUGAGACCGCUGGUGGCAUGAUGACCAAGCUCAUUCCCCGCAACACCACCAUUCCUACUAAGAAGUCCGAGGUCUUCUCCACCUUCUCCGACAACCAGCCUGGUGUGCUCAUCCAGGUCUACGAGGGUGAGCGCCAGCGUACCAAGGAUAACAACCUUCUCGGCAAGUUUGAGCUCACUGGUGUCCCUCCCGCGCCCCGCGGUGUCCCCCAGAUUGAGGUUACCUUCGAUGUCGAUGCCAACGGUAUCAUCAACAUCUCCGCCGUCGAGAAGGGCACUGGCAAGUCCAACAAGAUUGUCAUCACCAACGACAAGGGCCGCCUGUCCAAGGAGGAGAUUGAGCGCAUGCUUGCUGAGGCUGAGAAGUACAAGGAGGAGGACGAGGCUGAGGGCAACCGUGUCUCUGCCAAGAACGGCCUUGAGUCUUACGCCUACUCCCUGCGCAACACCCUUAGCGACCCCAAGGUCGAGGAGAAGCUCGACGAGUCUGACAAGACCACCCUCACCGCUGAGAUUGACAAGUGCGUCGCUUGGCUCGACGAGAACCAGCAGGCCACCAAGGAGGAGUAUGAGGACCGCCAGAAGGAGCUUGAGGGUGUUGCCAACCCCAUCAUGAUGAAGUUCUACGGUGCCGGCGGUGCCCCCGGUGGCAUGCCCGGCGGCAUGCCCGGUGGCGCCCCUGGCGGCCCCGGCGGCCCUGGCGCCACUCACGACGACGGUCCCACCGUCGAGGAGGUCGACUAA